CGUCCGUCGCCGUUUAGGCCACUAUGUCGCGUCUAACAACGGCACAAAUCGUCGAGCAAGGCCGCUACCUUGAACCCGACUUCGACCCGACCACUCUCACUGUUCCACAAUUGCUUGGCAUAUUUGGUUACCACAAUAUCAGGUAUCCUACGCCUUAUACGAAGCCCAAACUCGUACAACUCUUUAAUGAAGAAAUCAAACCCCAAACUACUCAGCUGAAGAAGGAGAAACUGAAGAGGGAGAACAGUGCUGCUAGCGAUGAUGGUAUAAAGGAUGGCGUAACGGGAAAGUUGAUCGGAGGAGAUAAAAAGCCGCCCGUACGAAGAUCAUCCAGGCGUUUGUCUCGCCCACCUUCGCAGGAUGAGAAGGAAUCCUCCCCUCCGAGACCGGAUCCCCCUAAGCGGCGCCGCUCCUCCGCGCAACCUUCUCUAGGUGGCCCGUCAACAACUCGCAAGGCUAUUGUGCUCGAACCCGCUGUAGCAGAAGAAAGUGAGCCCGAAGAGCUUCCUCCGCGCAAGAUCAGCCGCAGCAAGAAGGCCUCUGGCCAAAAUGCGAAGAAGUCGCGUCCUGAAUCGGAGACUCAUGCUGAAGACAGUGGCUGGGAGGAUAAUAACGUUUUCCAAUCCGGAGCUGAGUCUUCGUCUCCGGCUAAACCCUCGCCGUCGAAGGCUAGAGCCCGACGCACUACUACGGCUCGUACCACGACAGCGCGAAGGUCGUCUCGUAAAGCUUCAUCUGCACCUCCGCAUCUCUCUCCGUCACCUCCGAAGCAAAUUGUGGUACUUCCCGAUCCGCCCCCCGAGGAACAACAGCCCACUCCCCCUUCUCCUCCCCGAUCGACAUUCGAGCCUGAUCUCCCCUCAAGUAUAUUUAAUCGUCCGAGGAAGUCCGGACUGCCGGCCAGGGAAGUCAAGGUGCAAAUCCCUGAGACCCCACGAAGGUUGCAAGAACAGGACGUGGGGCCUUUUGAAGAUCCCGAGCAGAGCAUGAUGCAAGUGCAGCAUCAAGUGCUAGAAGACGAGCUCGAUGAUGAGGCCGACAACGCGGAAGAAGACGAAGACGAGGGGGAUGAAACAGUUGCCAUAGCCCGCCGUAUAUCUGGCGACGGAGAUGUCAUCCGUCACCGCCCGCCCCCUGCGAAGGAGUCUUCGUCGCUGUUGCUUCGCAUUCUCGUGGCUCUAUGUUUCUUGGCUGUUUCACCCGCAGUGUACAAGUAUAAGACCGAGUCUGCUCAGAUCGGUUUCUGCGACCCCGGCAGGGACACCAACGAGAUUCUCGAAACAAUGAAGACCCGCUGGGCUGCUAUAGACGCGUGUCACAGGGACAACACAACAUUCGUACAACUUCCUGCAAUCAAAUCAUCACCUGAGGAAGGCUAUAAAUUGGAGAAGAGGGAUAGCGAAUUAGUUCCUUGCCCGCCUCCUGACCUUGUUCCCCUCCCUCAUCCGACCAUUUGUACUCCGUGUCCUGCGCACGCAAAGUGCAGAGGUCGUGAGAUCGUCUGUGAGGACACUUACUUAUUCCGUCCCCACCCUCUCCUGGCGUUCCUCCCUGCCCCUUCCGCUUCGUCGUCAUCUGUUGUACAGGGAAUUUGGCAAGUUAUAGAGCUCGCCAACGGGCUACCUGGUAUGGGACCGGUUGCGUUCCCCCCGAGAUGUUUGGAAGAUCCGAAGAGGAAGCGAAAUAUUGGAGUGCUGGGUAAAGUGAUGGUUGCGUAUCUCGGCCAGGAACGUGGAAAGAGGUUGUGCAUGGGAGACGUUCACGAUGUUCCGGAUAAAGAAGGUGGUCAAGCCAGGACGUGGGGGUUGGAGAUGGAGGAACUGAAAGCGAUUAUGAGAAGGCGACCAGGGGGUAAAUCCAUUGAAAAUUUCGACAGUCUGUUUAAUGAAGCAGUGGGUCAGUUAAUUGAAUGGGGCGGAGUUAUCACCAGUGAAGACUCGCAGGGCCGAAAAUAUUUGGCACAUAGCGAGCCCAAUUUAGACCUGAGCUGUUUGAUCAGGGUAAAGACGAGGGAAACUUGGCACGAAUGGCAAGCUAGAGUGUUCGCUGUGCUCGCAACCGUCCUCAGCACCUUGUACUAUCGCAGGCGCCGGGCAAGUCGCCAGGCGGAAGACAAGCGUGUGUCGGAGCUUGUCCCUAUUGUUCUAGACGCAUUGCGGAAUCAAGAGCUCGCCCACCAUACGGAUCCCAUCACCACCCCACACCCUUACCUAUCUUCCUUGCAGCUACGUGACCUCAUCUUGCAGGACGAACAUUCGAUCUCCACACGAACCCGGCUGUGGAAUAAGGUGGAACAUGUGGUAGAAAGCAAUGCGAAUGUCAGAGCAAACCUAGAAGAGCUCCCAGGUGGAGAUGAGAUGCGCGUAUGGCGAUGGGUUGGGAGCACGAGUCCUACUAGCCCUCGGGCAGUAGCGUCGAGGGAUUGAUGGGUCUAGGUCCAUGCCGGGGGAUCCAUUAUUAUUCGAGUACUUAUGAGCAUGGCGAGCGACAUUACCCCGACUGUUGGAUAUUUGCUUACAGGCUGCGCUCUUAGUGCUAUGUAAUGUGAACGUGAUCUACUAUGUAUUCUAUCUUCGACCAAAUGCUGAUGUCUUUCUGCUUCUCGUAUGACGAUCGAGGAUCUACCGACGGUCGAGGCCUAGGCAACGCGGUACCGAUAGCGUUAUUCAAAUUGAAAACACUGAAGUCAAGAGAUCCACUGCAAAUCCACGAAAGAGGAAGGUUGGGUAGGUAGACUUCUGUGCUAGUUGCCCUCCGGUCCUUCGCUUCCGCAUCGAAACGCAGGAGGUAGGAUCCCAGGAACUGGGGGCUUGCGCUGCUGUAGCUUCCCUCCCCCAAAGGUGCCAAUCACGCGAAGUAAAUAAGCUCUCAUAUGGAAUCCUAGAUGCAUUCUUCACGCCCAUUGGCUCAUGGGUAAGCCGGUCUGGAUUUUCUCUAUAAGAGCCUUCUUCAUAAACUGUUCUUCGGCUAGAACACGAGUGGUCCUUAGAAAUCUGUCCAGAUCGAUCCGACCCGUGUUUAAGGCCCUGUGAAGAUGAUAAAUCGUGUCCUCUAUAGCGUUCUCUUCGGCAACUAGGUUGAUUAACUGAUUAUGGACUAUAGUGGUAGAGCACACUAGUUCGUCCACUUCUGGAUCACCCUUCUUCUUUAGCUCACCAAGAUUCAUUUCGGCUUGCCCUACUACCGUUCUCAGACGGCCAGCUACCCCGCGGCAGACAUCUUUCA